AUGCGGUGGUCAAUAUCAGGUGGCUUAUUGGCGCUGCUAGCCACAACAGUUUCAUGCUGGCCCUACGAUGAGUCCUUUCUUGAAUAUAACCUCAACACGAACAAGGAUGCGACAAAUCCCGUUGAAUACUGGGGUGAAUGGCCAGAUCAUAAAGGGAAAUACCAUGCUUCUCCAGAUAACUGGCGGUUCCCAUUCUACACACUCUUUCUUGAUCGCUUUGUCAACGGCGACCCCACAAACGAUAACAUCAACGGCACACAAUUUGAGCACGAUAUUAGCUCUAAUCAAAUGCGCCAUGGAGGAGACGUUGCUGGACUCGUUGACACGCUCGACUAUCUGCAAGGAAUGGGUAUCAAGGCUCUUUACCUUGCCGGCACUUCCCUAAUGAAUCAACCUUGGGGCUUCGAUGGUUACUCUGCCUUGGACACAACGUUGCUAGACCAACAUUACGGCACGCUUCAGGUCUGGCGCGAUGCUAUCACCGAAAUUCACAAGCGCGGCAUGUAUGUCGUGUUCGACAAUACGAUCGCAACUAUGGGUGACUUGAUCGGUUUCGACGGACAUCUCAACACAACAACCCCCUUCAACGAAAAGGAAUACAAGACCCAAUGGAAAUCAGAGCGUCGCUACGUCGACUUCGACAUUGGUAACUCCUAUAACGACUCCUGCAACUACCCUCGCUUCUGGUUCGAAAACGGAUACCCUGUCAACGAAUCUCAGACCGCUGCUCUCGUCGGCUGCUACGAUAGUGACUUUGAUCAAUAUGGUGACAUCGAAGCCUUUGGUGUGUACCCUGAUUGGAAACGUCAACUUGCCAAAUUCGCGUCGGUGCAGGAUCGCCUUCGUGAGUGGGAACCGACAGUGCGAGAGAGACUAAUUCAGCACUCGUGCAUGAUCAUUGCUUCUCUGGAUAUCGACGGCUUCCGAUACGAUAAGGCAACCCAAGCUACCGUCGAAGCGCUUGGUGAAAUGUCAGCGGCUUACCGCGAGUGUGCACGCGCUGUGGGAAAGAAGAAUUUCUUCAUCUCCGGUGAAAUCACUGGUGGUAACACCUUCGGUUCCAUUUAUCUUGGCCGUGGCAGACAGCCAAACCAAGUGCCAGACAAUGCGAUCGACGCUAUGAAAUUGACCAAUGAGUCUGAUUCGCAAUACUUUCUCCGCGAAAUCGGCCACGAAGCAAUUGACGGAGCUGCAUUUCACUACUCAAUCUACCGUAUGCUGACACGAUUCUUGGGAAUGGACGGUCAGUUAGCCGCUGGUUUCGAUCUUCCUGUGGACUGGGUGGAAGCCUGGAACACAAUGAUGACAACGAACGACCUCAUCAACCCAAACACUGGAAAGUUUGACCCGCGACACAUGUUUGGGGCAACUAACCAGGAUGUUUUCCGAUGGCCCUCAAUCAAGGAUGGUGUCCAGAGACAACUGCUUGGAUCCUUCAUCACGACAUUGCUUCUUCCCGGAAUCCCUCUGGCACUUUGGGGCGAGGAGCAAGCUUUCUAUGUUCUCGAUGCGACUGCGGAGAAUUAUAUCUAUGGACGACAGGCUAUGUCUCCUGCCACAGCCUGGAGAUCACAUGGAUGCUUUGCCCUGGACUCCGGCCAGUACUACCAGUGGCCUAUCGAAUCUGCUCGCUAUGGAUGCCACAAUGAAUCUGUUGCAUAUGAUCAUCGUGACCCAAGUCACCCUGUGCGCAACAUCAUGAAGCACAUGUAUCAACUUCGCGAGCUGUUUCCUGUUUUGAACGAUGGUUACACACUCACCACUCUUUCAAAGUCCACCGAAGACGUUCAAUACCCCGGUUCGAACGGCACGGUAACCGAGACUGGUAUCUGGUCGAUUGUUCGAGAUGUCAACAUUAACCUCCAAGACCUUGGUUCGGACACAGAUAACCAGCCAGUGUGGCUUGUUUAUCAGAACACCAAUCGCACAAUCGAUUGGAAGUUCGAUUGCUCCGACAAUGACACUGCAUUGAUUGCCCCAUUCGAUGAAGGAACCACAGUGAAGAACCUCUUCUACCCCCACGACGAGAUCAAGCUUGAGGCUAGUCCGAAGAAGCUUGGACUGAAUGGCUCAUCGGAGUACAAUGGAUGUGCUCCCAAGAUGUCCUUGACUAGAUACGAGUUCCGUGCCUAUGUCCCCAAAAGCCAAUUCAAGACACCUCGUUCGAUGGUCACUGGGUUCACUCCUGGUCACGAUGCACCUGUCCUCUCCACUGUCGCUCCGAAUAUGUCAGAGGACCUGCCCAUAGCGCUGUACUUCUCCGAGAAGAUGGACUGCGAUUCCAUUACUAAGAGUCUCUCGUUGAACUCCUCCACCGAGUCAGGAAACACUGCCAAGGUUGACAAGGCGACCGUGAAUUGCACAACCAUCGAUGCCACCCAAACUUCUUGGACUGGUCAAAUUCCUAGCCAAUUUGUUUGGUCUGCCAACCUCACUGGUGUGUAUAACGGUAUUCACCGGGUGACUCUGAAAAAUGCGAGCAAUGCGGAUGGAGAUUCAUUCACAGGGGCUGUGGACCAUUUUCUAUUCCGUAUUGGCCAAAUCGAUAACCCCAUGGUGUUCACCACUGCCAACUACUCGACCAGUUUGUUGCAUCAGCACGAGAACAACGACACCCUGUUCAUUCAGCAUCACGCUGCUGGAGCCGAAAAGUACCGCUAUUCCACCAACUGGGGUACGACGUUCUCUUCUUGGAGAAAAUACACUGGUGGUAAUGACAGUGCCCAAGCUCUCCCAUGGUCUGGUACCAGCAAGCAAGCUUGGAAGGGUAACCACGUCCGUGUUGAAUACUGGAGCAGUUUGACUGGAAGCAGUGAUUACGUCCAAGAAGGUGAUUCAAACUGGAAAUCUGAUGUUCCACGUCGCUUUCCUCACGCCUUCUUCAAUGGACCGUACAAUCAGUACGGCUAUGACGGUGGCCUUGACAACAGCAUUCAGCUUGACACUGAAGAUGGAUAUUGGAAGUAUCACUUUACUUCAGAAUGGCCGGCUGUUGGUCAGAUCAACGUCUGGGGUGUCAACCCUGAUGGAAAGCCUGAUCAAAGCUGGGUCCUUGGUGAUGCAGACGGCGAUAACAUUUUGGAUCGCAUGCCCCCGUCUUCCCUGUCAAGUACCUUACUCAACAUCACCAAGCCUCCGCCAUCACCAUAUCUGUCAUGGAAGCUGUAUGUCAACGACGCCACUCAGCGCUAUGAUCUCAUCCCCGCUGGCAAACAGACUCCUCAAAUCGUCAUGUUCGUCCUUUUCUGGAUCAUUCCGGUACUUACUGGUAUUGGAUGUGUAUACAUCUUCAUGAAGUCCUUCUACAAAGUCAAGUUCAAUGAGAACGGUGUAACCGAGAAGUCGCGCCUUGGCCCUAUGGUCUUCUUGAAGAAGCUGAAGCCCUCUGGAUCAAGCGACCGAGGUAAUUAUGUGAACCCUCUUAUGCGUCUGGCAAACAAAUCUGGUUUCAUGCAGAGUACCACUGCUCUUGGAGCCGCUGCGGCUUCAGGCAAGCGACGUAUGGUUUUGAUCGCCACCAUGGAGUACGAUAUCGAGGAUUGGGCAAUCAAGAUCAAGAUCGGUGGUCUCGGUGUCAUGGCCCAACUCAUGGGAAAGACUCUUGGUCACCAGGAUUUGAUUUGGGUUGUUCCCUGUGUCGGUGGUGUUGAUUACCCCGUCGAUCGGGUCGCAGAUCCAAUGACUGUCAAGAUCCUCGGCAGUGAAUACCAGGUGCAGGUUCAAUAUCACACCUUGAAGAAUAUCACAUACGUGCUCUUGGACGCCCCCGUCUUCCGCCAGCAAUCGAAGUCCGAGCCCUACCCGGCACGUAUGGAUGACCUGGACAGCGCAGUAUACUAUUCCGCCUGGAACCAGUGUAUUGCUCAGGCGAUCAAACGUUUCCCUAUCGAUCUCUACCAUAUCAACGAUUACCACGGUUCAGUCGCACCUCUUUAUCUGCUUCCCGAGACCAUCCCGGCCUGCUUGUCGCUUCACAACGCUGAAUUUCAAGGUCUCUGGCCGAUGCGUACCCAAAAGGAAAGACGUGAGGUCUGCGAUGUUUUCAAUCUCGAAGAAGAUGUUGCCCGGCGUUACGUUCAAUUCGGUGAGGUUUUCAACCUGCUUCACGCAGGCGCUAGUUAUCUCAGAGUCCAGCAACAAGGUUUCGGCGCUGUUGGUGUGUCCAAGAAGUACGGAAAGCGAUCGUAUGCUCGUUACCCUAUCUUCUGGGGUCUCCGCAAAGUGGGAAAUCUCCCUAACCCUGAUCCAUCGGAUGUUGGAGAGUGGACCCGCCAGCCCAUCAAGAACAAGGAUGAAGACAUUCUUGUUGAUGCCGAGUAUGAAGCCGGCCGCGGAGAGCUCAAGCGUCAAGCACAGGAGUGGGCUGGACUUGAGCAAAACCCCGACGCUGACCUUAUGGUGUUCGUUGGUCGUUGGUCCAUGCAGAAGGGUGUUGAUCUCAUUGCAGACGCCAUGCCUGCAGUCCUGGAGGCUCGUCCUAACGUGCAGGUUAUCUGUAUCGGACCCGUGAUUGAUCUUUAUGGAAAAUUCGCCGCUCUCAAGCUUGCUCGAAUGAUGGAGGUUUACCCCGGCCGUGUCUUCUCUAAGCCUGAAUUCACUGCCCUUCCACCCUUCAUCUUCUCCGGUGCCGAAUUCGCUCUUAUUCCUUCUCGUGAUGAGCCAUUCGGCUUGGUUGCAGUGGAAUUCGGAAGAAAGGGAGCCCUCGGUAUUGGAGCCCGCGUUGGUGGUUUGGGUCAGAUGCCUGGUUGGUGGUAUAACGUGGAAUCGACCUCGACAUCUCACUUGUUGGUUCAAUUCAAGCUUGCAAUCGAUGCUGCACUCAGCUCAAAGGAAGACACCCGCGCUAUGAUGAGAGCCAGGUCUGCUAAGCAACGUUUCCCCGUCGCUCAGUGGGUGGAGGAUCUUGAGAUUCUGCAGACCACGGCCAUCGCAGUCCACGAUCGAGAGGUCGCCAAGGGACAUGGACGUCCUCUGACUUCUUCUGGAAUCAGUACACCGAAUGGAGCAUCCAUCCAGCAGGAUGCACUCUCAAUGAGCCCGCUUCCUUCCCCUGGCAUGCCGGGGAUGCAUUCCCGCGAAGCCAGUUACUCCACUCUUAACCAGAUCACUGGCUUGGAUUCAAGGGUCGUGAGCUAUAGCAGAGAUCUUAGCCCGCACGAGACUGAGAAGCCCCAGUCUAGCCUGAACCGCUCCCUCUCCCUGGGUGUCCGUUCUGGUCCUGGUCACCGCAGUCGCCGUGGUCGUCGCAAUCCAGUUGAGGGCGUCGUUGAUGAGCACGAGAAUGAAAACUCCAACACACCUAGUGAUACCAGUGAUGACGAGAUGACACACAGCAUUUAUGGUGAUGAUGAAUACACCAUGACUCCAGCUGAGGUUGAAGAGGGACGUCGUCGCCAAGCGGCCGAGAGACAAACACCAGCGUUUGCUUUGCCUUCACCUUCACUGACUCGUCGCAACAGCCAAGAGUCUACGCAUGCCAGAUUCCUCAUUCCCCCUGGCAGCCCUGGCUCCCCUAGACCCGAUCAGCUUCUACUUCCCCCCUCCAAACCUUUCUCCGAGUCCAACCGAUACAGCAAUGCCUCUGUUCUCUCACUUGAUUCCGUUGUGGGUAACAAGAAGGACUUCAAGCUGCAGAAGGUUGAUCCAUUCUUCACUGAUGGCACGGGUGAAUAUUACCACAACUUCGAGGCAAAGCUUCAGGAUCUGAAUGGAUCCAACUCAGAGGCCGACCUCUGUAUUGAAGAGUUCUUGAUCAAGAGUGAACAGGAAUGGUUUGAUCGAUUCCGUAAUGCCAAACUUGGUCGCAACAAUCCCAAAUCGCCAACUCCGUCCGUCUUCCGUGGAAGAAACAAUGCAUCGCCAGCCGCAGAGUCUUACAACGAUGAGGGUCUUUCUCAUAUCGCUCUCAGUGAGAGUCACGAUAGCUACGAUGAUGAGUUCCUGCUUGGAAAGGACUACGUUCCUCCCACUGGCCUCAGAAAGUGGAUGCAAAUCAAGAUUGGAGAUUGGCCAGUCUACUCAAUCUUCCUCGCUCUUGGUCAAAUCAUCGCAGCCAAUUCUUACCAGAUCACACUGCUGACUGGCGAGGUUGGUGAAAGUGCCGAGAAGCUGUACGGUAUCGCUACUACCUAUGCCAUUACCUCUGUCUGCUGGUGGCUGGUGUUCCGUUACUUCAAAUGCGUCGUUUGUCUGUCUGUUCCCUGGUUCUUCUAUGGUCUUGCCUUCCUCCUUAUCGGCUCUGCUCACUGGCAAGCCGAUGAGUUCGCUCGUGGAUGGAUUCAGAACAUCGGAAGUGGAUGCUACGCCGCUGCUUCUUCCAGUGGAUCCAUCUUUUUCGCAUCGAACUUCGGUGAUGAAGGUGGUGCCCCAGUGGAGACUUGGAUCUUCCGCGCCUGUGUUAUUCAGGGAAUUCAACAAGCCUAUGUUAUUGGUCUUUGGUACUGGGGUUCAACCCUUACCAAGGCCUCUAGUGAAGGUAUUCUGAACUCCGACACCAUGCUUUCAAACACCUGGAAGAUGUCUGCCAUUUGCUACCCAAUUGCCAUUUUCCUCUGGGCAAUGGGUCUACUUCUUGUCUUUGGACUGCCAAACUACUACCGUCAGAAGCCUGGUAAGGUUCCUUCUUUCUACAAGUCGCUUUUCCGUCGCAAGAUCGUUCUCUGGAAUUUCGUCGCGGUUAUCCUGCAAAACUUCUUCAUGAGUGCACCAUACGGUCGUAACUGGAGUUUCUUGUGGAGCUCCGAACACACCCACGCCUGGGAGAUUGUGAUUUUGUGCAUCGUCUUCUUCGGAGUCGUAUGGUGUGCAUUCCUUUUCAUUGUCAGCAAGUUCUCCAAGAGGCACAGUUGGUUCCUCCCCGUCUUCGCCUGCGGUCUCGGUGCACCUCGCUUCAUCCAGAUCUGGUGGGGAAUUUCGGGCAUUGGUUACUACUUGCCUUGGGUUGGCGGAGGAUAUACCGCUGGUGCUCUGGCAUCUCGCAGUAUCUGGCUCUGGCUCGGAGUCCUCGAUUCCAUCCAGGGUCUCGGCUUCGGUGUCAUCCUUCUGCAAACACUCACUCGUGUCCACAUGUGCUUUGCUCUCAUCGCCUCCCAAGUCCUUGGUUCCAUCGCCACCAUCUGUGCUCGUGCAUUUGGCCCCAAUAGGGUGGGCCCUGGCCCCAUCAGUCCAGACAUGACCAAGGGCGCUGGUGAACUUGCCAAUGCCUGGUUCUGGAUUGCCUUGUCGUGCCAGCUUCUUAUUUGCGCCGGCUUCCUACUCUUCUUCCGCAAGGAGCAACUCUCCAAGCCAUAA